CAAAUAAAUUCAUUUGAGAAAUUCUUGUGAGAUCUCAUAAGUUUAUAGGGUCAUAAAAUUAAAUAACAUAAGAACAAAAUUUUGAAAAGGCAGAAUUUAUGUUGAAAGGUCAAACUUUCAGCCAAAAAAAAUUAAUCUGGCGAUAUAACAUGAAGGUAUUUCAGUCUCUAAAUGCUAUAAUGACAUAGAGGUAAGAAAACUAAUGGUUCAGCUAUUUUUAUCAUCUUUACGUAAGAUUCCUAUGCUAUCAUAAAGUGUAUAUUUAUAAGGUGUGUUUUUAACAAAUAAUAAACAAAAUCAGAGUUUGUGUAUCUUCUCAGUGCAAUGACAAAGAAUCUUUGCCUAGGACCUUGCUGUCAUCCUUGUCCAAAGAAUUGGGUCUGGUUCCGAUGCAGUUGUUAUUACUUCUCCAAGGAGCAGUUAUCUUGGAGGCAGAGUCAAAAUGUCUGUUUAUCUCUAAAUUCCAGCCUCCUAAAGAUAAACAGAGAUGAGAUGAAUUUCUUCUCUUUGAACUCUUUCUUUUGGAUUGGAGUCUACUAUAAUGAAACUUUCCAUCAGUGGGUAUGGGAAAAUGAUUCAGCUCUGCCCCCUUAUUUGUUUCAGCUUCCUGGACCUCAAAUGCAACAAACUUGUCUAUCUUACAAAUCAAAAGAAACUUAUUUUUCUGAACGAUGUAAAGAGAAACAAGGCUACAUUUGUAAGAAGCACCUUAUUUAUCCUACAAUGUCAUCGGAGAGAUGAAAGUUACUUUUUUUAAUCCCAUGUCCUGACAGCACUGCCAAGCUUUAUAGAUAAAAUAAUGUAAAUUUAUAUCUUUGAUAUAAUAAAAAUGAUAUCUAUACAAAUACA